GCACUUUGAACGCCACACUCUCAUAAACAAACCAGCUGUGGCAUCUUAUCAACUGAGAGCUAGCCGUGGGAAAUUAACCGCUUCUUCACAUCACAUAAAGGCUGUAACUCGUAUUAAUAUAACCACCUCACUGUCCAGGUGUUUAAGCUACAGCAUCGUUCAGUUUCUGUCCGGCAGGCUGGAUCCGAAGCUUCAGGAUUGGGAAGCAGAGUAAAGAGGCAGCUGCCGGCGGCGCAGCGAGCCUGGUGGACAAGAUGUCCGAAAGUCCAGAAAAAAGCACCUCUGUGUCAUCUCAGGAGCUGAAGGAGCAGGGCAACCGGCUUUUCCUGAACCGCAAGUACCCGGAGGCUGCAGCCUGCUACAGCAAAGCCAUAAGCCUCUCUCCCUCCAUCCCGGCCUUCUACACCAACAGAGCUCUGUGCUACGUGAAGCUUCAGCAGUUCGAUAAAGUCCUGAUGGACUGCAGACAUGCUCUGGAGCUGGACAGCCAGCUGGUCAAAGCUUACUUCCUCAUGGGCCAGAGUCACCUGGAGAUGGAGAACUACGACGAGGCCAUCGGCAACCUGCAGCGAGCUUAUUUCUUGGCGAAAGAGCAGCAUCUGAACUUUGGUGACGACAUUCCCAGCGCCCUGCGCAUGGCCAAGAAGAAACGCUGGAACAGCAUGGAGGAGAGGAGGAUCCACCAGGAGAGCGAGCUGCACACCUACCUCACCAGACUGAUCCUGGCUGAGAAAAAGAGAGACCUGGAGGGCUGCAGAGAGAACCGAGACGACAAGUCCGACGACUGCAGGAUUCAGCACAGUCUCAACGAGAUCCACUCAAAACAUGACAAGUAUCUUUCAGCCCUGGAGGAGCUGUUCUGUCAGGUGGACGAGAAGAGGAAGAAGCGUGAGAUCCCAGACUACCUAUGUGGGAAGAUCAGCUUUGAGUUGAUGAGGGAGCCCUGCAUCACUCCCAGCGGCGUCACUUAUGACCGAAAAGACAUUGAGGAGCAUCUGCAGAAAGUCGGCCAUUUUGACCCGGUGACGCGAACACCGCUGACCCAGGAGCAGCUCAUCCCGAACCUGGCUAUGAAGGAAGUCAUUGAUGCUUUCAUUCUAGAGAACGGAUGGGUGGAGGACUACUGACCGAUGGGGCGUCUCUUCAUGUUGGGUCAUUUGGAGGGGGCGGGGCUUCAGUGACAGCUGGUGUGGUGUGAAAUAAGGUUAUUUUGAACUGAAACAAGCUGCAUACGCGGUUCCUUUAAAACAUCACCAGGCAGACACCAUAUCAGUUGGUUCCUGCUUAUUGAUUACCAGCUCUAAGAAUCAGUGAAACACAGGAAGCAAUCAGAUUGUUUAUCAAACUAGGCAGCUUUAAUCUGAACAUUUCAUCUGGAAACUGGAACAAAAGUUGUUUGCUGGCAAACCGUAAAAGAGAAAACUGCUAAAUUAUUGUUUUAGGGCCACAAGUGAACGGACCACUUUCUGUUUUAUAGCAUCAUCUGUAGAUUUACAUGUUUUAGAUUGUAAAAACUGAGUAGGCUGAGGUACAACCCUAAUUCAUAAAAAGUUUGGACACUGUAAAACAUAAAUUAAACCCAAAUGCAAUGAUUUAUAAUUCUCA